AUGGCGGGACACCUGGCUUCGGACUUCACCUUCUCGCCCCGUCCGGGCGGUGGAGGCGAAGGGCCAGGAGGGCCUGAGCCGGGCUGGAUUGACCCCCGGUCCUGGGUGAACUUCCAAGGCCCUCCAAGUGGGCCAGGAGUCGGGCAGGGGGUUGCACCGGGCGCUGAGGUGUGGGGGAUUCCCUCUUGCCCCCCGCCGUAUGAGCUCUGCGGAGGGAUGGCGUUCUGUGGGCCUCAGGUUGGAGCGGGGCUAGUGCCCCAAGGCUGCCUGGAGAACCCUCAGCCCGAGGGUGAGGUGGGGGCUGGGGUUGAGAGCAACUCCGAGGGGGCCUCCCCCGAGCCCCGCGCGGUCCCCCCUGGUGCUGUGAAGCUGGAAAACGAGAAGCUGGAGCAAAACCCCGAGGAGUCUCAAGACAUCAAAGCGCUACAGAAAGAACUCGAACAAUUUGCCAAACUCCUGAAGCAGAAGGGGAUCACCCUGGGGUAUACCCAGGAUGAUGUGGGGCUCACCCUGGGGGUUCUUUUUGGGAAGGUUUUUAGCCAGACGACCAUCUGCCGUUUUGAGGCUCUGCAGCUGAGUUUCAAGAACAUGUGCAAGCUGCGGCCCCUAUUGCAGAAGUGGGUGGAGGAAGCUGACAACAAUGAAAAUCUUCAGGAGAUAUGCAAAACGGAGACCCUCCUGCAGCAGGCCAGAAAGAGAAAGCGGACAAGCAUUGAGAACCGAGUGAGAGGCAACCUGGAGAACAUGUUCCUGCAGUGACCGAAACCCACACUGCAGUAGAUCAGCCACAUCGCCCAGCAGCUCGGGCUGGAGAAGGAUGUGGUCCGAGUGUGGUUCUGUAAUAGGCGCCAGAAGGGCAAGCAAUCCAGCAGUGACUAUACACAACGGGAGGAAUUUGAGGCUGCUGGGUCUCCUUUCCCAGGGGGACCAGUGUCCUUUCCUUUGCCACCAGGACCCCAUUUUGGUACCCCAGGCUAUGGGGGCCCUCACUUCACUACUCUGUACUCCUCUGUCCCUUUCCCUGAGGGUGAAGCCUUUCCCUCUGUCCAGGUCGCCAAUCUGGGCUCUCCCAUGCAUUCAAAUUGAGGUGCCUGACCUCACUCCUGACCAGGAGUGGGGGGCAGAGGAAAAGGGAAAAACUGGGGAAAUGGGACCCUGGGGUUUAUAACCAGGGCUUUUGGGAUUAAGUCCUAAAUUCACUAAGGAAAGAAUUGGGAACACAAAGGGUGGGGGCAGGGAGAUUUUGGGGAAACUG